CGGUCCAGAGAAAAGACAACGCUACUCGUCCUGCAGUGCGCCAUGGGCUGCUUACAGGUUGUACCUGCUGUCGCUGCGCGUCCUACUGCUGGCUCUGGGUUUUAGGGUUGAUUGUGUAAUGGUGAACAGGAAAGACGACGGCUGCCGUGCUUCAGACGACAGCUAGCUUGUCCACAUGUCAUGGCCGCCCGCCACGGCUCCUCCCCAGUGCCUCAGCCCGAUGGCGGCCGAGACGGGCUCCUCCACAAGGAGCGGGGCCCCUCGCCUGCCCUCUGUAGGCUCGCCCGCUCACUGCCUGACGUCUGCCCUAAGGAGCCCACUGGUGAGAGGCGGGGCCUGUGUGACGGCCCCUCAGUGGUGGCGGAACACGACCCGUGGACCGUGUACAGUUCAAAGGUAAACCUUCCGGCGGCGCUCAACGACCCGCGUCUCGCCAAGCGGGAGGUGGACUUCUUCACGAAGACAUGGGGUCUGGACUUUGCCGAGACGGAGGUGAUGCCCUCCUUCUACCUGGCCAACAUCACACGGGAACACUUCACUUCCUACCUGCAGGACACGACACAGAGGGAAAGAAUUCACGAGCGCUGUAAGACCAUCUGUCCUAUCAAAGAUGACGACAUGGAUGCUGUCUCCAGCAUCAGCACAAGCCAAGAAAAGUCCAGAGCAGAGUUGGAACAAGUCCCCAAGAUCUUUAUGAGGCCGGACUUUGCUUUGGAGGAGCCCAGCACCUUCAGCGCCGUGCUGCCAUGGUCGCACUUCAACAGCGCCUCAGGGAAGGGCAGCCGUGACGUGGCCUCCUCCAAGCUGCUGCAAGAGAAGCUGAGUCACUACCUGGAUGUGGUGGAGGUCAGCAUCGCGCGGCAGAUCUCUCUCCGCUCCGAGGCCUUCUUCCAUGCCAUGUCCUCCCAGCAUGAGCUGCAAGACCGCCUGAAGGAGACCCAGCAGGCUGUGGCUGUCCUGCGUCGUCGGACUGCCGCCAUUGACCGCGUCAUGUGCCAAGGGCCGCUGCAGGCCCUCCGUGCUGCUCUGACACGCAACAACUUGGUGAAGCUGCACAACAAGCUGAAGCUGAUGGCCGCCGUGCAUCAGACGCAGCCCACCGUGCAGCUGCUGCUCUCCACCUCCGAGUUUGUGGGCGCCCUCGAACUCAUCGCCACCACCAAGGAAGUUCUACAGCAGGAACUGCAAGGCAUCCAUAGCUUCAGACAUCUGGGCUCUCAGUUGUGUGAGUUGGAGAAGUUGAUAGACAAGAUGAUGGUGGAGGACUUCAGCAUGUACGCCCGCAGCGAGCUGAACCGCAGUCUGAGGGAGGAGCCUCAGGUCCUGGAGAAGGUCCACAAAGCUAACAGUGUCUCUCAGAAGGAGCGUCUCCAGUCGCUGGUGUUCGGGCUCCUGCGUCAGAGGAAGUUGGACUUCCUGGACAUUUACAGUGACGAGAUGAUCGCUGCGGCCAAAGCCAUUGUGUCCCAGUGCGUGGCAGAGCGUCUCCUGAACAUCGACGACAUCGACACCGAAGUCGUCACCAAGCUGACCGACCAGAUGCGUCUGAUGACCUUCCCUCAGUGGUUUGACCUCCUGAAGGACGUCUUUGACUCGUUCCUCAUUUUCCUUCAGAGGAUGAAGGCCACUCUCAGCGUGAUCACGGUGGUGGUUCUGGAAGUUGUGGAGUCAAACCAGAAGGCCUUCUUCAUGGAGAAGUCCAGCUUUGAGGAAUUGGGUGAAGAGUCUACCAGGGCGGUGUCGCUCACGCGUGGCGAGACCGAGCUGGCCUACCUGACCCACGAGGGUCUGUUCAUUAGCGACGCCCUCAUUGAGGCCCAGCAGCACCAGGACCAUGCCCACCAGGAGACGCUGUCCCGUAGGCCGGAUGCCGACUCAGCAUCUGGCAGCAGAGAGCAGAACUUCAUGUCAGGUGACAUGAUGCCCUCUGACCUGGAGCUCAACCAAGUGCUCAGCACCAUCCAGGAGCUUCUGCAUGCCGCCUCUGACAUCAGCCACGACCGAUGCGUCAAGGUCAUCACCGCUCGGGCCAAGGACGGCUGCCUGGAGCGUCUCAGUUUAGCAGACUUUGUGGGCCUCUCUGUGGCCGUGGAGGACUUUGCCAAAGACACGGAAGAACUGUGUGGCAGACGCAGCGUGUCCCUGCGGGGGGCGCUGCAGAGUCAGGCCAACCGCUUUGUCCACCGCUUCCAUGAAGAACGCAAGACUAAACUAAGUCUCCUGCUGGAUAAUGAGCGUUGGAAGCAGGCGGAGGUUCCUGCAGAGUUCCAGGAGCUGGUGGACUCCAUGGCGGACGGCAGGAUAACACUGUUAGCACGCAAGGCAGCAGGCCCAGAUGAUAGGAAGCCCAGCGAGUUCCUGCUGGUCGACGGGCAGAAAUACGCCGUGGUCGGGACCGUCCUGCUGCUCAUACGGAUGUUUCUGGAAUACUGUCAGUGCACCAACGACAUCCCGUCCAUUUCCCCCGACAUUUUGACGCGUCUGUCUGACCUUCUGAAGCACUUCAACUCUCGCAGUUGUCAGCUGGUUCUCGGAGCUGGAGCACUGCAGGUGGUUGGCCUCAAGACCAUCACAACCAAAAACCUUGCAUUAGCCUCCCGCUGCCUGCAGCUGGUGGUUUUCUACAUUCCCGUCAUCAGACGUCACUUUGAGAGCAAACUGCAGUCCAAACACUUCAGCGUCCUGCGGCACUUUGACCACAUCACCAAGGACUACAGUGAUCACAUUGCGGAAAUCUGGGCCAAGCUGGUGGCCAUCAUGGACAGCGUCUUUGAGAAGGUUCUGUCAAAGUAUGAGGUGAAGGCGCCCAUGCCGUCGUCAUGCUUCAGGAAUGUUUGCAAGCAAAUGGCCAAGAUGCACAAGGCUAUCAAUGACCUUCUACCUGAAGAGCAGACACAGAUGUUGUUUGUGAGAAUCAACAGCAGUUUCAAGAUGCACCUGAAGAGGCAGCUGGCUCGACUGUGCGUCAUCAACGACGGAGGACCACAGCACGGGCUAGUGGUGGUGGAUGUGGCCUUUUACGUGGAGAAUGUGCAGGUUCUGAAGAACCUGGACCGUUUGGACCUCAACAUGGCCGAGAUCUGGGAGCAGAAGAGGUGAUGGCGGACGGCUCCGGGAUGUCCAGAAGUGCUUUGAAGACGGGCUGGCUUUGAGCCACCGGAACAAGAUGGCAGCAAAGAUGUGGGCUCCGAAAAAAUUGUGGGAACAUGCUUGGACCGGGCUGCUUUUGAAGGGUUUUUCCUCCAUGAAGGUUGUUCCAGACUUCAAGCCUCACUGAUGGUGGUCACAUGAUGUGAGCAAAGGUGAGGCUUUAGUAUGUCACCAUGAUGACACAGGAAGCAUGUCCUAGUUAUUUAAAUGUUUUUAAUCCUCUGUGAUUCCACUGAUAAGUCGGAACCAUCCAGAAACUUCAGAACUGUUCUAAUCCACCAAACUGUGACCUUUGCCUAAAGUGGACCACGGCGCCGAAGGUGACGUCUCAGGAAAACCUUGUUUUUUUUUUGUUGUUUCCUCCAAACCUCAAAACUUUUUAGUCAGCUGACGUCACUGUGCCUCUCCCACUGGUGUGUGUGCGUGAAGCCUUCAAAGCUGACGUGAAUAAAAGAAUGAAGGAGC